GAACUCUCCACUCUGCCUUCAUGUCUUCUGUUUCAAGCGUCAAUAUAUCCGAGGUUUAUUGAUCGCCUGUCCGGCCUUCUGCAUAUCUGCGGUCCUCUCUGCCGCCCAUGCGUCGCCGCUGCCGCGCCACCGCAUCUGCCCUUCCGCCCCACAUGGACUAUGAAAUCUACGUGAAGCGCGCGUCGUCUUCGCGUCUACGCCCUCGCUUUUGCGCUGCGCCCGGGUGCCGGCUGUCUCUUAGUCCUGGCCGGUCAGUGAUCCUCUGGUCCGGGGGGUGGUGGGGGGCUUGCGUCCGCAGAGAGGCAGGAUGGUACGGAUCGCCAGCGCGCUGGGGCUUGUCAUGUUCAGCGUGGCGCUGCUCAUCCUGUCGCUCAUCAGCUACGUGUCCAUCAAGAAGGAUUUUCUGCUCAGCACCCCCAGAUACGUACCUAAUGGAGGACCCAGGAUGUCCAUGUUCCACGCUGGGUUUCGCGAGAUGCCGCCUCGCAAACCAGACCUGAGCUCCCAGCUGGCGUUGAAGUAUCUGGAUCCAGCUUUCACUCCUCUGACCAACGCUCUCAGCGAGGACAUGCAGAACUCCUCUAAAUGGACCUACAACAGCUCUGCGUUUCUACAGCUGAAAAAGGAGAUCUCUCAAUACAUUGACAUCCCCCACAACUUCUCACUGAUAAGAGACUCAGUCCGAAUCGGACAGCUGAUGCACUACGACUACUCCAGCCACAAGUAUGUCUUCUCCAUAGGCGAGAACUUCCACUCGCUCCUCCCUGCCGUCUCGCCAAUCCUCAACAAGCACUACAAUGUUUGCGCAGUGGUUGGCAACAGCGGCAUCCUUACUGGCUCGCGCUGUGGAGCCCAGAUCGAGAAGUUUGACUUUGUGUUCCGCUGCAACUUUGCGCCGACCGAGAUCUUUAAGAAGGACGUUGGCCGGCGGACAAACAUGACGACCUUUAACCCCAGUAUCCUGGAGAAAUACUACAACAAUUUACUGACAGUGCAAGACAGGAACAACUUCUUCCUGAGCCUAAAGAAGCUUGACGGCGUCAUCCUGUGGAUCCCAGCGUUUUUCUUUCACACGUCUGCCACAGUGACAAGGACGCUGGUAGACUUCUUCGUGGAACAUCGAGGUCAGCUGAAAGUCCAGCUGGCCUGGCCUGGAAACAUCAUGCAGUAUGUCAACAGCUACUGGAAAACCAAGCAGCUGUCGCCGAAACGUCUGAGUACCGGCAUCCUGAUGUACACGCUGGCGUCCUCCAUGUGCGACCAGAUCCACCUGUACGGCUUCUGGCCCUUUGGCUGGGACCCCAACACAGGAAAGGAGCUGCCGUACCACUACUACGACAAAAAGGGCACCAAAUUCACCACGAAAUGGCAGGAGUCCCAUCAGCUGCCCGCUGAAUUCAAACUCCUGUACAAGAUGCAUACGGAGGGACUGCUGAAGCUCUCCCUCUCCCACUGUGCUUAGGGCUAAAACUGCAGCAGGUACAACGCUCGUACAAACUCCUUGCUUCUACGGGCCAAAGCUGCUGAAAUGAUGAGGCAGACAAGGGCCUGAUUUAUGUGGUUUUGCCAAAAUCCAAAUCUUAGCUCUGAGGCUGAGUUGGUGCAAUGGGUUCUUAAAAUGUUUGACAAACCGUCUGUACAAAGCGCAACAGGUCAAGAGAUAAGGAGUCUAAUAAUUUUCUAAAAGAAUCUAAAGAUGAAGAGGAUGAUAGUUUUGGGAAAGGUUGCUGCAGUAGGACCUUUAGGCAUUGUUGCUCUUCAACAGAAUAUCACAACCUUGAAUUGUUUCAUGGUGUUUUAUCACUUAUUGCUCUAACUACAGCUACAAAUUAGCCCGCUGACUGUUUAAAACCUACAUUAGCACUGCAUUGAAGAAAGCAGACCACUGUGUAGAUGCAGUUUGGGUCUUAACACCACAGGCAAAACAUUUGAACAAGACUUAAUAUUUGCUGCAAUUUAAUGCAUUGGGCAUUAGGCCAAUCAGAUAUUUGAAAGCGCACAUUGCUCGUAGAUUCAAUUGUAGAGAAAAUGAAUGUAUGAUUGUAUACAAAUGUGUACAUAUAAAAUAUGAUAGAUAAUGAAGUACAAGAGCAAAGGAUAAAAAGUGCAGAUCAUUUAUCUACAAGUAGGCAGCCGCUGGUCUCUGGUCUCAAAUGUUGGAUGCACUACACCCCAUCCAACGCCCUUACUUUCCAAAUUGCUACAGUACAUGAAAGGCACGCUAUUUCCUGCAUUUGUACUGAACGUUGGUAUUGGACGUAAAUUGUGCUUUGCAAAUUUUUAAGAUAAUUGAAUGUUAAAGGGACUAGAGAUGACUCUAAUUGGAAACAAACAAAGAGCACAUAAGCCAGAUGUUUGUCCCAUACAGAAGCACACUGCUUUCAUCAGACAAGAAACAUAUCUUUGAAAAAAUGUAAGUAUUAGGAGGUAUUUCUUUUUAGUUAAACUGGUUGAGCAACAAAUCACAGCAAGAAAAGAUCUGGAACUUCUGUCCUUGUUUUCACUUAGCUGGCCUGUUGCUGGGAUUUCAAUGUCCCACACGAGACAGCGUGAGACAAGAGGAAUCUUGCAUAAUCAUAACAAAAAGGCAGCAUACUCAUGGCCUUUACAUCCAAUGUGUACAUACUAACUAGAUUUAUUUUGUAUCAUAUCAA